UCGGAAAGUGUCUGCAGCGCCUUCUCAAAAUGCAGUAUUCCCAUCACUGUGAGCACCUGCUGGAGAGGCUGAACAAGCAGCGAGAGGCCGGGUUCCUCUGCGACUGCACCGUGGUCAUCGGGGAAUUCCAGUUCAAAGCACACAGGAAUGUGCUUGCCUCCUUCAGCGAGUAUUUCGGGGCCUUUUACAGAGAUGCGUCUGACAACAACGUUGUCUUGGAUCAGACUCAAGUGAAAGCUGAUGGAUUCCAAAAGCUCCUGGAAUUUAUUUAUACAGGAAACUUAAACCUUGACAGCUGGAAUGUUAAAGAGAUUCAUCAGGCUGCUGACUAUCUCAAAGUAGAAGAAGUGGUCACUAAAUGCAAGAUCAAGAUGGAGGACUUUGCUUUUAUUGCUAAUCCCUCUUCCACAGAGACUUCCAGUAUCACUGGGAAUGUUGAAGUGAACCAGCAGACCUGCCUCCUGACUCUCCGAGAUUACAAUAACCGGGAGGAGAAGGAAGAUGCUGCUGCUGCAGAGUUGGUUCAACCACAGGCAAAGAAAGCAUCUCUAGAAAAGAAAUCUCCUCAACCCAAAAAGCGAAAGAAGAAUUUCAGCCCCCCCAAAAGCACGGAGAAUAAAUCCCUACAGUAUCAGAACGAGGUGGCUGAGAACACGUCCUUUGAGAUGUUUUUAGAUGCAAAUAAGCUGGCCACCCACAUAACAGAACAGGCUGCCCAGGGCAGUGAUAACUCGGAGCUGCAGCUGGCAGCAGUGGUGGAGAGCGAAACGCUGGCAGCACAGGAUAUCCUGGCCCAGACCAUGGCAGCCAAACAGAAACGGGGAAAGCCUCAGCAGAGCUGUGCCCUGAAGGAGCACUGCAUGUCCAACAUAGCCAGUGACAAGGGCACUUACCAGCUGGAGAGGUCGGGGGAGGAGCUGGACCACAAGUUCUCCAAAGCCAAGCCAGUGUGCAACACCUGUGGGAAGGUGUUCUCCGAAGCGAGCAGCCUCCGUCGGCACAUGAGGAUACACAAAGGGGUGAAGCCCUACGUGUGCCAGCUCUGUGGGAAGGCCUUCACCCAGUGCAAUCAGUUGAAAACACAUGUAAGAACUCACACAGGGGAGAAGCCCUACAAGUGUGAACUGUGUGACAAAGGCUUUGCCCAGAAGUGCCAGCUGGUGUUCCACAGCCGGAUGCACCACGGAGAGGAGAAGCCUUACAAAUGUGAUGUCUGCAACCUGCAGUUUGCAACCUCAAGCAACCUGAAGAUCCAUGCCAGGAAGCACAGCGGGGAGAAGCCGUACGUGUGCGACCGCUGCGGGCAGCGCUUCGCGCAGGCCAGCACGCUGACGUACCACGUGCGGCGGCACACCGGCGAGAAGCCCUACGUCUGCGACAGCUGCGGCAAAGCCUUCGCCGUGUCCAGCUCGCUCAUCACCCACUCCCGCAAGCACACAGGAGAGAAGCCAUAUAUCUGUGGCAUUUGUGAAAAGAGUUUUAUUUCCUCUGGAGAGCUCAAUAAACAUUUUCGGUCCCAUACAGGUGAAAGGCCAUUUAUCUGUGAAAUGUGUGGAAAUUCCUAUACAGAUAUAAAAAAUCUUAAGAAGCACAAAACGAAAGUUCACACAGGACCUGAAACUUCCCCUGAUUCUACUGCACUUGAUAAUUCUUUCAAUGAACAAGAAUCCAUUCAGGGUCAGAAAAGUCCUUUAUCAGAGACCAUAGAUGUGAAACCCUCUGAGAUGUCUUUAGCACUUCCUCUCCCCAUUGGGACUGAAGACCAUCAGAUGCUGCUCCCCGUGACAGGGAGCCAGUCCCCUUCAUCAGAAACAUUACUGAGAUCUGCUGUGACUGGAUAUUCAGAACCUCAGUUUAUUUUCCUGCAGCAGUUAUACUGACAGAGCAGUGCAGAGCCAUCCAGGUAGUUUGGUAGUGAACUUGGGAAUGUUUGGUAAGAUGAACACAAUCAAACAACCAGUCAUGCUGUCUUAAUUGGAUGUGUUCUUUGUUUUCCUCUGUGUAAAGACACCUGUAAGGCAUUUCCAUUGUGCAGUGCUGAAUUGUGCUAAUCUACAAUCAGAUUUCUCUUUGUGAUUAACACCAAUUUCCAGGAGGUGAUUCUGGCAACAUCUGCCUUAAGAAUUCUCUGUUACAUAUGUUAAUGUACUUUGGAGUUCUCUUCCCAUGUUCCUGCUGAUUUGAUGUGUCACAGUGUCAUUUGAGAACAGAUAUUUUAAGCCAUAUUUGAUGUUUAGGAAGUUUAGGAAGAUUGACCCAGAGGUGUAGGGAAAAAUCAUAAUUUGUAUGUGUUAGUAAGCCUGCACUCCAAGGUGCUAGAAUGGUCCACGAUGAAGGCAGGUCAGUGCUCUGCUGAGGUGCUUGCAUAGAUUUGCUACUGGCUGCCAGAAGUGCCAUCUUCAGGUGGAGCCUGACCAGAGGGAAAAGUUUGGGUGUAUUUUCUUGACAAGGAAAUUAUUAAAGGAGGGUUAAUUUUUGUCUGAAGUGUGGCAAGUGGGAGGGUCCUAAUGGCAUGAAUACUCCUGGAUCUUCUUUCCAACAAUUUGCCUUUGUUUGUUUGAAGUGGAUCCAGCAUUGUUGUAUCUUGUCCCAGAUUUAUUUUUCGCAUCCCUAAAACACCCUGGGUUUGGCACAAAUAGCAACAAAUGAAGAGCUGGGACAUGCAUGUUGUAGAUGAGGCAAAAAGAUGCAGUGAGUUAAUUAGUGAGGGAUGAAUCAGAGCUUCAUAAUCCAUUUUUUUGCUGUAGUGCUGUUUCUUGUGCUAGGUAGGAGGUACAAAAGAGGAAAUAAAUCCCACCCUACACUGUGAAAAUAAUGAGUGAACACUACACGAGGAGGCAUUAAAGAAUAAUACAACAGAGCAGAUUGAUAUUCUUCCAGACAAAGUUUUUUUAGAGUUUGACUGAUUUGUUUUAAUUAAAGUUUUUUGUAUUGCUUUACCUCUCAUGUCACUUGUCCACAGUAACUGCACAAAACUAGUACCUAGCAAGGCCCAGGUAAAGACAGGCUUUAUUACUAGCAACAGAGAUGUUUAAAAAGCAAUGUUUUGAUGUCUUAAGAGGUAAGAUCAUAAAAGACUAGGUGACAAUAGAAGUACCUGUCUACUCCAUUUGGCCAGUUUGUGCCAUUAACAAUUGUAAGCAUUAUUUAUGUAAUCAUCAAACAGUAAUGAAACAGUCAUGAUACUGUACCAACAAUUCAUUUAAAGCUGUCCUUUGUUGGUUGUUUACUUGGUGCUAGCAUUUAUUUCCACCGAUGCCUUGUGUCCAGAUGCUGAUAAAUAGAAGAGCAUAGAAGAUACCUCUUAACUGAUUCCAUUCUACAUGGAGUAAUAAUUAAUCUGCACCUUAAUUAAACAGACUUGUGAAAAAUUUCUUGAAGGAUUUCAUUUAAAGAGUCUGAAAAUGGUCCCUUGACUCCUGAGUGUGACUACUUUUUUUUAUCCUCUUCCUAUGUUUGUAUUUGUAAAGUAAUAGACCUUUUGCUGCUUUGUGUUGAUUAUUUUAGUGUGGGGUAUGUUUAUAACCCGCUGCUUGGUCACAUUUUCUGCUUUAAUGUGUGGUAGAUUUGCUGUUGAAGCCUACCAUGGCCAGCAGUAGUACAGCCAUGUUCAACAGAACAUCCCUAGGAAUCUCUCACACUGUCCUCACUGGAGCUAAUUAUUGCAGGCCUUUAAUUUCUCUGCUUGUCUGUCUCACAACACUUAUGAACAGCUGAUGUCCAUAAUGCUGGCAAAAAAACAAAGGAUAAAGUCCUCUGGUAUUUUAUUUUUUGGCAUUUCUCUUUGUCUCCC